AUGAACCGCGGCACGCAACAGUACAGCGUUAACGUUCGGAUAGGCAAUUGGGUGGAAGAGACUCAUUUACAGUCCGAAAAAAUAAAGUCGUUCUUGUCAAAAAGAGACCGAGGAGAAUUACUAGUACAGAAAUCGCAGAGAAUGUACUCAAGUCUUUUGCGACCGGUGGUCUUGAACUCCACCUCUGAAUUUUUGAGGUACGGAGAAGACGCACAGCUCGUAUGCUCGGACAUCCGUUUUCCAGGCUGGAAUGACGGCGCCGGCGGCGUGGCCCUCUCGUGUUCGACUAGUGACUACCACUCAGAACUGGACGGAAUGGGACCCGGCUGCACCAUCACCGCUUCUCCGUUAACCGAGAGUUGCGUUAGAAACUGCUUCAAGAUUUGUGGAAUUGGAAGCAACUGCGAAAAAGGAGAACCUUUGAUGUUUGGCGAUAUGUUUACCAUUAGCCCGUGCAUCUCUUCCAAGCCACUGUUUGUCGCUGCCUCUAUGCCACAUAUAUACACUGAACGAGGGGUGUCCGGUCAUCCUGCGUUGAAGCUAGUAGACACACAGGACGUAUAUUGCCGGUGGACGGUAGCCUACUGGCGUGUGUCGAUGCGUGAGGAAGCCAAAGGACUUCCGGUUCCGAAUGGUGCCAGAGUUGUCCUGAAGCACGCCGCCACAAAUUUGAACGCCGCGGUUGAGACGGACUUUCGGAUCGCGACGUUCUUCGGCGACGAAUACGAAGUAACCGCACAUUCGUACAAGGAUGUCAGAGGUUGCGAAAUGGCCCAAAAUAUUUGGGAGUUUGUCACGUCCAGCAAACGUUCAGGAUCCGAAGUCGACGACGGUAUGAACAACGAAUACAAAAACGAACAAACAAUAUAAUAUAAUAUUAUUUUAUUAUAUAUUAUAUAAUACAAUAAUAAUAUGCCAUUAUUUAACUUAUUUAUGGAUUCCACUGCAAACAGAUAAAACAACACGACAAACGAUACGGUUAAUACAAAAGUGCAAAUAUAUUUCUCUGCGCUAUAGAGACCGCCAAAAGUGUUUACGUUUUUAAUGGUAUAUAAAAAAAAUAAAUAAAUAAAAUAAAACAACAACGAAACAAAUAAACAAAAUAAAGUAGUAUUUGAU